UCGCGCACUGAGGCCGUUUGGUCCCGCGGCGCCACCGUCCGCGCGCGUCACGUGACUGGCGCCGCUGCCAGGAGUUGCCGGAGCAGGGCGGAAGCGAGGGCGCGGGGCCGGCGGCAUGGAGGGGACCCUGGAGCAGCACCUGGAGGACACCAUGAAGAGCCCGGCCGUGGUAGGCGUCCUGUGCACCGACUCGCAGGGCCUCAACCUGGGAUGCCGAGGAACACUCUCAGAUGAGCACGCUGGCGUCAUCUCUGUCCUCGCCCAGCAGGCAGCCAAGCUCACCUCUGACCCAACCGAUAUACCUGUGGUAUGCCUGGAGUCAGACAGCGGGAAUAUCAUGAUCCAGAAGCAUGACAGCAUCACUGUAGCAGUGCACAAGCUGGCAUCCUGACCCUGACGUCCUGAUGCUCACUCCAGACCAGCUCCUCACUGGACAACGACUCUCUUCUCUGUGCUCCAGUGCAAAAUAUGCUUCUAGUACCAAAUCUGGGCUGAAGGCUCUCCCUCUCUAUUUAACAGCUCCUGUGCAGCUAUCAGGGUUUCCAAUUUGCAUUUUAGCAUGUGUGCUGCUGAGGAUGAAACGUGGAUCACUCACCGAGCUUGUGUAACAAUAGAUACUACGAAGCGUGUGUGUGGCCUUAUUUGUUGGAGAAAUCAAUAAAUGACCUGCAAAAACAA